AUGGUGGAACUGUAUCGAGUGGAAGGCUCGCUGGCCUUCCUGUCACUGGUGGGGUCCUUCCUCAUCAUUCUCUCAGCCAUGUUCGUCAAGGAACUGCGACAACACCCAACGAAUCUCGUGCUCCUCCUCUCGAUAUGCGACUUCAUGUUUGCAUUGAAGUUUGCGAUCACGUCGAUCUUGCCGAAUUCGAUCUCGUACCAGGACAUCACGGCCUACUGCAUCGGGCAGGCCGUGUGGGCUCAGUUCUGGGGCAUGGCCUCCAUCAGCUGGAACGGAAUCAUUUCGCUCAACUUGAUGGCCAACUUGCGCAAGCCGUUCCUCGACACCUCCAAGUGGGGCACAUACUACCACCUGUGGGUGUGGGUGCUGUCCGGAGUCACGACCAUUCUCCUGGUGGUGCUCAACAUGUAUGGUGUGUCGGGCGAUGGAACGUGUUGGAUCAAGGGCGACUACAACUUGUUCAGGCUCGUGUUCUUCAUCCCCCUACUGGCCUAUUUUGUAUUGGGCGCGAGUGCCUUCAUGAUCGGUCUCUCGUCCACACGCUCCCUGUCCGAGGAGUCGUCGGUGCGUACGCGCAUGGUGUUUCGUAUGUUCUUCUACACGUCGGUGUUCAUCAUCUGCUGGAGCGGUCCGCUGGCCCAUCGCUUCACCCAGUACUGGCGCGUCUACAGCGACGUCUUCAUCUACGCCGACGCCAUCGGCCAAAGUGUGCAAGGGUUCGCGAAUGCGCUGGUGUGGCUCACGAAUCCGUCGUUCUUCGGUUCGUUCAAGAAGAACAUCCUCAUGCGCGUCCCCGUCCUGCGCAGCUACUACUUCAAGCUUGACGAUACCAACCUUCCGCUUCUGCGCGACUUGGGCGUCCAUGAAUACCUCCACGAUGAUAGGCAAGACAUGCAAAAGCUGGACAUUGUCAUCCGCAAGAACAUCAUCACAUUCCUCCUUUAUGGCAUGAAGGAAGCCUGCGAAGACGUCCAGAGCCGCUACGAGGAGCCGCUCAACGAGGCCGACUUCAGGGAAGUGCGCGACAUCCUCGAACUCAAGUACGAGAACACGCGCACGAUGAAGGAGUAUCGAUUCGUGGACUACUGUCCCUAUGUCUUCCAGAAGCUUCGCGCCCAGGCCGGCAUCACCCCCGAGGCCUACAUGGCGUCGAUUCAGCCGGAGCUGUUCCUCAAGAGCCUGUCGAACCAAAAGUUCUCGGAGGGCCGCAGCGGGAGCUUCUUCUGCUUCUCGCCGGACAAGUGCUUCAUCAUCAAGACCAUCCCCGAGUCCGAGGCCAAACUCCUCAACAAGAUCCUGCCCGCCUACUACCAGUACAUCGGCAACAACCCGGAUUCGCGGUUGAUGCGCUUCUACGGCCUCCACGCGAUCAAGAUGCACUACGGCGACCAGGUCUUCGUCAUCGUGAUGAGCAACGCCUUCCGAACGCACCGCAAGAUCCACGAACGAUACGAUCUCAAGGGCUCGUGGGUGCGAAGAGAGGUGGGCAAGGACUUCCGGGACAACCCGGGCAAGGUCCUUGGCAUGGACAUCGACCUCAAGGCCAUGGGACGCAAGGUGCGGCUGACCAACGAGCAGCGAACGGCCAUGGUCCAACAAAUCACCGACGACGCCACCUUCAUGUGUAGCUUGGGAAUUAUGGACUACUCCAUCCUGCUGGGCAUCCAUUUUGUCGACAGAGCCGCCGAAGGCACCACGGUCGCGAUCGAAGGGGUCGCGGCGAGUGGCGCCGCCGAUGCUACGGAUGGCGGCGCCGGCGCCUCGUCGACGCCGCAGACGCCGCAGCGGCUCCUGAAGAACGGCGAUGAAAGCGAAAGCGAAAGCGAAAGCGAAGGCGAAGGCGACGACCGAAGACCGCUGCUCGACGGCGGCCGGCGCGCCGAGGACCUCGAAGCUGGCCCGAGCACCGUCGAGAGCACCUUGGACGGCGUGCUCAGUUUAGAGCGGGAGAAUUACAUUCCCCUCCACAUUCGCCCCUCCGUCUCCGAAAUUGAAAAACAGCGCCGCAACCAGAAGAAGAUGGACAAGAAGAAGAUGAUGAAGAGCGGAAGAAGUAGAAGAAGGCGGGAGAGAGGCAGCACCACCAAUAAUGCUUCGCACUCCUCGCCUCCGCUGCCCUCCUCAGACCAUUCCAUCAACCUCGCAGCCAGCAGCCCCGAAGACUACGUCGACGAUGCCGAGCAGGACAAGUCGGGCAGCCACACGCCGCUCCGCGCGCGCCGCACCAGCGACGAUGACGAAGUGAAGAAGGAGAAGAAGAAGAAGGAGAAGAUUGAAGACGCCUACGCGGAUGAAAGCGACUACUCGACUGAUUCGUACGACAGCGAGGACGAAUUUAGCGACGACGUCGAGGGCCGACUGUUCAGGGAUGAGGGGUUCUUGUCGGUGGAUGGGAAGGAGAUCUACUAUCUGUGCAUCAUCGACAUCCUGCAGCUCUACGACCUCAACAAGAAGGCCGAACGCUUCUGGAAAGUGCGCGUCAUGCACAAGGAUUUCCAUGGAGUAUCGGUGCAGCCGCCACCACGAUAUCGGGAUCGGUUCGUGGCGUGCGCGUUCGAUCUGGUCACCUCGCCCGACGCCACGGCCUCCUGA